AUGGGGAAGAACCGAAGCAAAACCUGCCAAAAGAACCUCCAGGUCGACAUUUCUCCCGUGGCUGCAGGCUGGGGACAGAACAGCGACACAAAGUUGUUCGUCAAUCGCUGGAUUGUGUCACUGUUGGUAGCGCUGGUAGUGCUGGAUGGCGGAGUGCAAGCUUAUCGCUAUUACAGAAGAAUGGGCAAUCGGUUUCAGCCUGUAAUGAUGAAACCGAUGCCGGUAGGCCGAUUUGGUUUCGUUCGUGCCGAAAAUCCCAACGCGGACGGAGCGAUGGAUGCAAAGUCCGGCGAAGAAAGCUCCGAAACUGCAGCACCUGCGAUGGACGGUAUGCAAGGGCACGAAAUGCACGCGCCAGAGAUGCGUGAGAUGAUCCACGAGAGUCCGCACCCGGUUGAGAUCGAUAUGGGUCCGGGAAUGCAGGCACGCAUCAUGGGCUUUGCGGGAGAGCUGGACGGCGAAGGUAACUUUGGCCGUGCUGCAGAGGGAGCUGAGGAAGAGGAAGAAGAGGGUGCCCAGUUCCGCCAUUUUAAGCACAAGAAGCACAAGAAGCACAAGCACGUCAUCCACACGCAUCACCACUAUCACCACAAGAAGGAAGGCCACGGUGGUGGAUACGGUCAUCAUGGGUACGGUAAGCAUGACAGCUAUGGACACCACGGACACGGCGGUGGACACCAUGGUUAUGGUCACGGUGGUGGUCACGGCCAUCAUGGCGGCGACGAUGAUGACUACGAGCCCACGUACGGUCACCAUGGACGGUAUCGGCGCUCGUCGAUGAGUGAAAUGUCCCACCCGGAGGGACAGACACCGGAUGCUCAGGCUUUAGAUCGUACCGCACUGACACAUUCAUCCCCGGAACUUCCGAUUCCGAUGGAGGCCUCGCCGGCCGACCCCAGCACACCAACAGUUUACCGACAGUCCGUCAGCAGGCGACAGCUGGUACGAAGCAAGAACGAGCGACUGGCGCAGAUUGGACGUGAUCGGGCACAGCGAGCAAACAGGUUACGAUCGAUGACAAAGCGUAUGAUUGAAGGGCUGGAGGGUGGGCGCACGGGUCGGAUGACGGGAGAGGAGGAUGGUGCGGCGGGUGAGGGAUCUGUACCGCAGCGCGGUUGGCUACAAAGAAGACGCACGAAAUCGGAAUGGCGUCGGCGAGAUCUGAAUACGGGCCGUCGUCGAAGACCGAUCGAGGUGGAACAGGUGAUCGAGCGAAGAACACCAGAAGAACCGGUGCUUCCGUUGCUAACACCUCCAGUGCUGACUCCGGAACUUCCGGUGGUGUCCGAGAGAGGCAAUAUGGAAGAAGAACAGGAACCGAUAGAAGCGAGGUACGAUGAGCCGGAGUGUGAUGAUCCGAUCGGUUCCAAUUUCUACGUGGACGAGCAACAGCUCACUACCACGUCCACUACACCUCGCGCACCGGAACAUCGUUUAGAAGAGGAACUUGAACCAAGGCUUGUUCCGUUUGGCAACGAGCUUGAUCAGGAAGCAAGUUUGGAAGUCCCACUAGAUACGUUUGUUGCGCAACAGCGCGAAGAAGCUAAAAGCAAACCCUCCAGCAAUAGGAACUCACUCUGGAGAGGCCUUUCGAAGCGUUUGAGUGCGUUCCGCGAACGACAGGCAGACAGAAGCGAGCGCAGGAAGAUGGUCAAACAGCCUGAACCACCCACCACUACGACCGCUGACCCGAACGAUGAGGAGGGGUAUGAUUCGAACGAAAUAGUCGAGUACUACCAGCAGGAUGUGGGUCGAGUCCUCUACCGAAUGGCUAACGGGCGGCUUCUGGAGGAACCGCAGCGUCUACAUCUUCGCCGCAGUGCUGAAGGUGAUGAAGACUCCGACACACCGCAACGCAAAAGAAGACUCAAUCGGCUGUCCAACCGAACGCACCGAAGACGUAAGCCUGCCAAACACAACUCACUGCCCGAACCGAAGACUCCAGAAACUAGCAACGACGCCGGAAAGCCUGUGAUCAAUAUCGGUACGUUCCGGUUGGCGGAUACGUACGAUGGUGGAGCCGCUGCCGCGUUGGAAAACACUGGAGCCGCCCGGACCGUAUCAGGCACUGGGCCCUCGGACAUGGACAGCUACAUCCUGCAGAAGGUCCGUGAGUACUGCAGCACGUCUUGCGCAUCCGGCAAAUCGGCGGCCCCAGUUAUCAUCGUGCCGGAAAAGCCCUCUUACCACGUGGCGUACGCACCCGCUGCCGUUGCAGCGGCUGCGAACGAACCGAUCGUGGGUAGUAGCAAACAACUCAUCGUACAGCCUCCCUCCACGUACGAAGCCGCAACAACGUCUGCCCCGAAAUCGGCCAACCCACCCGCCUGCCCCACCAAGAUCGUCAAGUGCAUCCCGAAGGCGUUGGCCAGCGGUAGCAAACGAUCGCGCAAAACCGACCCAUCGAACGAUCAGCAGGCGGAGGACAAAGAGUCCAACCCGCUGGUUUCGCUGGCAAGAGGAAGUAUGACACCGUAG